AUGGUGAAUGUGACUCUAUGCCAGGGCUAUCCAUCCGCUCUAGAAGGUCUCACUCUGACGGAAGAAUGCCUUAUUGCAAAGUGCCAUCCUCUUGGUGUGGUUCUAAAACUGCGACCAGGGGGCCAUCUCUCACCUGUCAACUAUCACGCUCUACGGGGUCAUUUCAUUGUUAUUCCACAAGACCCGGGGCCACUAUUACAUAUCCUGCCAAGCCCGGAGUUAACGCUACAUAGCCUGAUCAAGGUGUUCUGGUUGGGUGCUCGACCCCCCAAAGAUUCGGACCUCAGUCUAUUCCUUCUUGUUCGCAAGGCAAAGGUUCUGGCUGCCUUACAAUACCUUGUUCGAUACAAUCCACUCUACCGUGAUCUCACUAUUAACCAGCCUAUGAUCGACGACUGGAGCGACGACUUCAUCCCACCAGAGCUAUGA